GAUGAUGCGGGCUUCCCAGGGGCCCGGGCCCCGAAUCCUGACGGUGAAGGGUGGCGGCCGGGAAGCCUGGGUGGGCGCCUUGCUCCCCCAGCCCUGAGCCAGGGUCUUCGAGGGGCUCCGGCUCUCUUCUCCACCUGGCCUACCAGAUCCUUCCUCCCCGGCCGGGAGGAUGGGGGGUCCGGUGGUGCAGCGGCUGGGCAGACAGCUGUUGCUGCGGAGACUUGGGAGCAGGGCUGGGAGGCAGAAUGGUGAGGGGCUGGGGACAUCAGCCAGGCUGAAUGGCGUGUGGCCCGGGAAGGACGCCCCAGGGUGGGCAGAAAGACGCGAGGUCGAAACUGCAUGAUGAGGCAGUCGACAGGCCCUGGGCUCUCCUGCUGCUGUGGGAAGAUGCCCCCCGCCGGCCCCCCGCCCCCCCGGGGCUGAAGCUGCGCAGAAGAUGGUCCAGGCCCUGACCCUCCCACCCUCCGCUUCCCGUCCCCAAGCUCUGCUCCGCUCCCUGCCCCCUUCUCCUCCCUGCCAGCCCCGCUGUCUCCCCCCUCCCCAGCUCUGGACUCAUUUGCCUUCCUUCUGCCCAUCCACUGGGGGGGCCCCCGGGGCUUCCCCCUCCCCGCCCUGGGGCCACGCCCUGGCGAGCGCUGGCGGCUGUGGUUUCAGCUCUCCCCGGAGGGUGCGCUGAGCUCCCCAGCCUGGCCUCGGGCCUGCCGGGGAGCUGCUGGGCGAGGGGGGCUUGGGCACCAGCGAGGCGUCUCCCUCCUGCUGUGAAGCCCCUAGAGACCCUAAGGCACACCGAGGUGGCACUCCUCAGAAACUGCAAGUACAGAUGGGCCCUGAAAGGUUUUGAGAACUGCAGAGGAACCUCACGAGGUUCCAGCCGGAAGGAGCAGCCUCCUCCCCUUAGGAUGUCCUCGCCCUCCAGCCCGCCCGCUUUCAGGCUCGAGACGUCAGAUGGAGGCCAAGAAGAUGGUGCCCAGGUGGACAAAGGAAAACUGGGCAGCGGUGCCGGGCCACCCCCCAUGGAGUCACCAUUCCAGGGCGAGGACCGGAACUUCUCGCCUCAGAUCAAAGUGAACCUCAGCUUCCGAAAGGGGGCAGGUGCCAGCCAACCAGACCCAAACCGCUUCGACCGUGACCGGCUCUUCAGCGUGGUGGCCCGGGGGGUCCCCGAGGAUCUGGUGGGGCUACCAGAGUACCUGCGCCGGACCAGCAAGUACCUCACGGACUCGGAGUACACAGAGGGCUCCACGGGGAAGACAUGCCUGAUGAAGGCCAUGCUGAACCUUCGGGACGGAACCAACGCCUGCAUUGAGCCGCUGCUGCAGAUUGACCGGGACUUGGGCAAUCCUCGGCCUCUGGUCAACGCCCAGUGCACAGAUGAGUACUACCGAGGCCACAGCGCCCUGCACAUCGCCAUCGAGAAGAGGAGCCUGCCGUGUGUGAAGCUCCUGGUGGAGAAUGGGGCUGACGUGCAUGCCCGGGCCUGUGGCCAGUUCUUCCAGAAGAAAAGCCAAGAGACCUGCUUCUACUUCGGCGAGAUGCCCCUCUCCCUGGCCGCGUGCACCAAGCAGUGGGACGUGGUGACCUACCUCCUGGAGAACCCGCACCAGCCCGCCAGCCUGCAGGCCGCCGACUCGCUGGGCAACACGGCCCUGCACGCCUUGGUGAUGAUCGCAGACGACUCGGCCGAGAACACGGAGAUGGUGACCCGCAUGUACGAUGGGCUGCUCCAGGCGGGGGCCCGCCUCUGCCCCACGGUGCGGCUCGAGGACAUCCCCAACCUGCAGGGCCUCACGCCCCUGAAGCUGGCCGCCAAGGAGGGCAAAAUUGAGAUUCUCAGACACAUCCUGCAGCGGGAGUUCCCGGGGCCGUGCCAGUCCCUUUCCCGCAAGUUCACGGAGUGGUCCUACGGGCCUGUGCGGGUGUCGCUGUAUGACCUGGCCUCUGUGGACAGCUGGGAGGAGAACUCAGUGCUGGAGAUCAUCGCCUUUCAUUGCCAAAGCCCGCACCGGCACCGAAUGGUGGUUUUGGAGCCGCUGAACAAACUGCUGCAGGUGAAGUGGAAUCUGCUCAUCCCCAGGUUCCUCUUCAACUUCCUGUGUUACUUGACCUACAUGUCCAUCUUCACCGCUGUCACCUACCACCAGCCUGCCCUGGACAAGGACUUCCUCCCGCUGGAAGGAACUGCUGGGAACUCCAUGCUGCUGCUGGGCCACAUCCUGAUGCUGCUUGUGGGGGCCAACAUCCUCAUGGGCCAGCUGUGGUACUUCUGGAGGCGCCGUCUGUUCAUCUGGAUCUCGUUCAUGGACAGCUACUUUGAAAUCCUCUUCCUGGUCCAGGCGCUGCUCACCGUGCUGUCCCAGGUGCUGUGCUUCCUGGCCAUCGAGUGGUACCUGCCCCUGCUCGUGUGCUCGCUGGCGCUGGGCUGGCUGAACUUGCUGUACUACACGCGCGGCCUGCAGCACACGGGCAUCUACAGUGUCAUGAUCCAGAAGGUCAUCCUGCGGGACCUGCUCCGCUUCCUCCUGGUCUACUUGGUCUUCCUUUUCGGCUUCGCUGUAGCACUGGUGAGCCUGAGCCGGGAGGCCCGGGACUCCGGGGCCCCUGCGGGCUCCAACACCACGGAGGUGGCGGGAAAGGGGGACACGGAGGGCAGCACGGCCCCGUACGAGGGCGUCCUGGACGCCUCCUUGGAGCUGUUCAAGUUCACCAUCGGCAUGGGCGAGCUGGCCGUCCAGGCCCAGCUGCGCUUCCGUGGGGUGGCGCUGCUGCUGCUUCUGACCCACGUGCUGCUCACCUACGUCCUGCUGCUCAACAUGCUCGUCGCCCUCAUGAGCGAGACCGUCAGCAGCGUCGCCAGCGACAGCUGGAGCAUCUGGAAGCUGCAGAAAGCCAUCUCUGUCCUGGAGAUGGAGAACGGCUACUGGUGGUGCAGGAGGAAGAAGCAGCGGGCAGGGGUGAGACUGACAGUUGGCACCAGGCCGGACGGUCUCCCCGACGAGCGCUGGUGCUUCAGGGUAGAGGAGGUGAACUGGGCUGCGUGGGAUCAGACGCUGCCCACGGUGCGUGAGGAGCCCUCGGGGCCAGGCAGCCCUGGCGCCCUGAAGAACCCAGCCCUGGCCUCCCAAUCCAGCCAGGACAGUGCCGUGGAGGAAGACCAUGUGCCCCUCCAGCUCCUUGAGUCCCACUGAUGCAGCAGGGGGCCGGGAGGACAGAGCACGGAAUGUUUCCAGCCCCACCUACUGGCUCUGGGACCUCAAGAGACUUCGGUGGCAAAAAUAAAUAAGUAAUUUCUUGUGGCUAACUCUCCCGGAAACAUUAUUUGAGUAAAGGUACGGGGCCCCAGGACUUCCCUGGUGGCGCAGUGGUUAAGAAUCCGCCUGCCAAUGCAGGGGACACGGGUUCGAGCCCUGGUCCGGGAAGACGCCACAUGCCGCGGAGCAACUAAGACCGAGCACCACAACGGUCUCUAGAGCCCACGUGCCGCAACUAUUGAAGCCCGCGUGCCUAGAGCCCGUGCUCUGCAACAAGAGAAGCUCACCGCAGUGAGAAGUCCACGCACCGCAACGAAGAGUAGCCCCCGCUCAAUGCAACUAGACAAAAGCCCGCGCACUGUAACAAAGACCAACGCAGCCAAAAAUAAAAUUAAAAAGAAUUAAAAAAAAUAAAAAGGUACUGGGCCCCUGAGCUGGUCGGCGUCUGCAUGUCUCUGUGAGCUCACAUCUGUGUCUGGGGCCGGGCUGCUCCCGCCCUCUCCUGAGCACAGGGACCCUCACCUACCGCCCCCCAGCUGCCCUCUUCGGGGUGCAGGCAGCUAGCCGAGGCGCUGUGCCUGCUGUCACCGCAGACGCGAGGUGGUGGACACCAGCAAGCACAGCAGCCUGUCCUUCCUCUCCCACAGCCUCCAGACGCCCCUUAAAGCCACCCCAGGACGUCUCUCAAAGCCUUUGCGCUCCUGGGCUUACUUAGUUCAGGCUGUGGAUUAUUGCCUCCUCUCCCCGCUGGCUUCUUGCGCAGUUCCCACCCUUCCAAGCCUGAGGGACCUUCCUGAGACACAAGGGCAACAAGUUACCCCCGUCUCUGAAGGCUUGAGAGGCUCCCGGCGCCCACGGGGGCCCUAGCUGGCACCACCCAGCCCUCCGCGCGGUUUUGCAGACGCCUCCUGCUCUCCUUGGCACCUGCAGUAUAUCCUUCGCGCAGGAUGGUGGACCUCGUGUGUGUCUGACUCCUAGGCUUGGCUCUCCCUAGAAGCCUCCCCUCC